GAUUUAUGUAUGGUCUUGUCAUUAUUUUAAUGGGGCACAGACAGCAUGAGCCAUAUGGAGAAACAUGCAGCAGCACAGGGCCCAAUGGACUUAUCUGUCUGGAAUCUGUUCACAAAGUAAGUGAAUGAUACCCGAAACAAGGAUGCAGAAGGAAAAUACAGGACCACUUUUAAACCUAAACACAACUACGCUGUCUCACUGGUCUAUGGUCUGAUGACAAAAUUUCUAAAUGGCCCCCAAAGGAGAACUUCACCCCAACACAAGUGCCCCACCACUCCACGACCUCCUCAAUGUCAGCGGGGUGCCUGUCUCCCCCUCCCCCACACAGUCUGCUCCGUCCUGUAACAUCGACGAAUCCUACAAAUACAUCUUUCUGCCGAUAUGUUACUCCUUCACCUUCCUCUUUAGCCUCGCCCUGAACUCUGUGGUGCUAUUUCGCUCUUUUCGCCAAACCAAGCGCUGGAACGCCUCACUGAUUUACAUGGUCAACCUGGCCUCCACGGACUUCAUGUAUGGCCUAUCACUGCCCUUCCUUGUGGCCAGUUAUAUCAUGAGAGACCGCUGGGUUUUUGGGGAUUUCAUGUGUCGCUUGGUCCGUUUUCUCUUCUACUUUAAUCUCUACUGCUCCAUCUUCUUCCUCACCUGCAUCUCUGUGCACAGGUACCUGGGCAUCUGCCACCCCAUGAAGACCAUCACGCUAGAAACGAAGAAGGCAGUCAAGUUCACAUGCGUUAUAGUUUGGACGGUAGUAUUUGCAUUGACUUGUCCAAUUUUCCGUUUUGCUCAGACUGGUUCUGUAACAAGAUUAAGCUUAACCAGCAACUCUAGCCUGCUUUAUGGGCAAAUCACUGAGGGUUCUUUAAUGAAUGGGUCUAGUAGCCAUAAUGGGCCUAUAGGGUACAUUGAGGAGUAUCAAAACUGUUGGGAUGAUGCCAUAGACAAGGAGUUUUCACUAUACGUACCCUAUGGAAUCACUUUACAUCUGCUGGGCUUCUUCAUACCUUUCUCAAUCAUUGCUUGGUGUUACUCUCAUGUGGUUUUGACAAUAUUCAGGACCUUGCAUUCCCAGCCACCCUCUUGCAAAUAUCCAAAAGACAGAGAAGACACACAUAAGUCAAGCAGCAAUGACAGAAGAGGCAGCAAUGGAGUGAGAUGGACAAGAACCACCAGGCAAAAUGAUGGCAUGUCUAUUUUCCUUGGUGCCCACUCCCCAUAUGCCAAUCGGCGACGCAAGUCUAUCAAAACCAUCAUCACCAUCACAUUGCUCUUUGCCCUGUGCUUCUUUCCAUUCCAUGUGACAAGAACCAUCUUCUUCCUCCUCAAAGUGACUAAAGGAGUGCCGUGCAACACUAUGACAAUGGUGUCUAUGUGUUACAAGAUUACCAGGCCACUGGCGUCGUUCAAUGCAUGGCUUAAUGCCCUCCUUUACUUUCUGACUAAAGACAAAGGCGGGGCGCAGUGCUGUGAAGCAGUAAACGCUAACCUGCAGCAGCAUGCGGGGGGAGUCCUGGUGCCACUAAGGGUUAAGCCCGAACUUGGAGAGGAUGCAGAAAAAGAAGAGCAAUAAAAUUAUUGAUGAAUUCAUGUUUAUAAUUUAUUAAGAAUUCUAAUGGAAUUAAUGUUGAAUUGAACUGGCUUGAGAAAAUAGUCAAAUUUUAAU